AUGGACACUACUUUCAAAUUCUCCAACUCCGGAUGCACAGCACGCAAACGUAACCUCUCAGUGGAAUACAGACAGGAACCACACAUCUUGAAGAAACUCGAGUUACAGGAAGAAGCCUUGGAUCUCCUCGGCCUGGAGGGAGAAGAGUCUGUGCAAACACAGUUACCAAAUAACCAUAAAAAUAUUGACAUCUGCAAGUUGAUAGCAGAGGGGAUGCUGAAACUGGGGCAUGAUGGAGAUCAGCAGCGGUACUGCAUGAAAGCAAACAAACUUCUCCAGGGAUACCAAAAGCGGGGGUCAGACUUCCGCUGUGCUUGGUCCUCCUGCUCCAGCCGCCAGGGCGGGGAGGCGGCCGCUCCGCCACCUCACGUGACAUCCACGCGCCCGCGCCGUCGCCUUGGAGACUGGAAGCUGCCGGGCUUCCUCCACACGCUCCGGGCCCACGCGCGCCCGCUAGUAACCGCCUCCGCCGCGCCGCCAGGGGAUGCGGCCCCCGGCGCCAUGCUCUGGAGUAAAGGCAUCAGCGGGCUCGGCGCUGCCGCCGCCGCGGGGACCGGCUGCCUGCGCCAUUGCGGCCCGCGCGGGGAGCGGGACUUAAGCAUCUCUGUGGCAUCAUCUUUACAAACUCACAGUGUCAAGGGGAAAUUUUCCUUAUCGGGGAGUAGAAAGCUAUUCUUUGACACCCAUGCUUUAGUGUGCCUGUUGGAAGAAAAUGGGUUCACUACUCAGCAAUCAGAGAUCAUUGUAUCUGCGUUAGUGAAAAUUAUGAACACCAACAUGGAUGUGAUUUACAAGGACAUGGUCACCAAAGUACAGCAGGAAAUCACUCUUCAGCAAAUAAUGUCUCAUAUUGGUGGUGUGAAAAAGGAUAUGAUUAUUUUAGAAAAGAGUGAAUUUUCAGCACUCCGAGCUGAAAAUGAGAAAAUAAAACUUGAACUCCAGCUGCUAAAGAAGCAAGUAAUGGACGAAGUUAUCAAAGUUCGUGCAGAUAACAAAUUAGGCUUCAAUCUGGAGAAGAGCAGAGUAAAAGAACUGUAUUCAGUUAAUGAAAAAAAACUGCUGGAAAUAAGGACAGAAAUCGUGGCAUUGCAUGCACAACAAGACCGAGCUCUAACUCGAACAGAUAGGAAAAUAGACACAGAAGUUGCAGGACUGAAAACAAUGUUGGAAUCGCACAAACUUGAUAAUAUUAAAUACUUAGCAGGUUCAGUAUUUACAUGUCUUACUGUAGCACUGGGAUUUUAUCGUCUGUGGAUAUAAUAAAGCAUCUGUUUAAAAGGA